CAAGAUGGCGGCGGCCUGAGGGGGGAAUCAGCUGAGGCGAAGCGGCGGCGGGCGGUUGUCGUCUUCUCCUCGGCCUUCCUCCUCCCUUUCCUCAUGCCGCUGCGAUGCUCCGCUCGAGCGGCUUCUUCCGCGGCGUCGAGUGCCCCUUCGGGCCGGCCUGCGGGAGGCCUUACUGCCCCUUCCGACACGCGCCGGGACACGCCUGGCCCCCGAGACGCCUCCGCCCUCAGGCCGCCGGGCCCAGCACACGGGGGCCGGCAGAAUGUGGCUAUGACCCUUACAACCCAGAACUCCCCAAGCCUUCAGCGCAAAGCGAGAAUGAACCGCUGGAGGACGUUGCCGAUACGGCUCCGAGCAUUCUGGAGCUGGAGCUGGUCAACAAGGCCAUUGAGGCGGUCAAGAACGAAGUUGAGCGUGAGCAGAAGAAGUAUGAGGAACUCCUGGGGACUGCCAAGGAGUAUGGCUCGUCCGAGCCCUCUGGUGGGUCGACAGCACCCAGUUCUUUCACGGCCUUGGAAUAUAGCCCAGGUAACUACACUGUGAGCCAUGGUGCUGACUACAAUCCUACCCCUCUUGCAGCCGCCGUUACUAAUCAGUCAAGUAAAUAUACCUUGGAUUCUUUCGACACUGUCAAAUCCAAGGGCAGCUCGUUGGAGUAUGUGCCCACGGUGGUCACCCAGCCGAAGAAGUACAGCAGUUCCGUCGCAAAAAGCAAGUACAUCAUUGACAACUCCAAGCCGUCGACGGAUCUCGAAUACGACCCUCUUCUGAAUUACUCUGCGCGGCUCUUGAGCAAAGCUGCUUCUAAGCAACAGAAGGGGGCCAAGCGGAAGAGGGCAGCGGAUCACAGGGAGGCCUAUUCUCCCUCCCGCAAGAAACAUUGUGAGGCGGCGAGCAACGACGAACCGCUUGCAAGGUUCUCCGACUCGGAAGAGGAAUGCCCAACUCCAUCAGUCACCCAUUCAAAACCUCAAGACAGUUCAGAAAGCAAGUUGAGUGAUGAAGUGGUUGUCAAAGAGAAGAGAUCCCAACAGAAGGAUUCGAGUUCUCGCCAAAUGAAAGAGAUGGCUGUGCAGUACGACAUGGGAGACAUCAAAAGCCCUUGGAAGCCCAUGGCCCAGGACUCGCUUGAGAAGUCAGCCAAUACGCCUUCCAGCCGGCAUGCCAAAGAGGAGGAGAGAAACAGUGUGUUGCCGAAGGACAAGUUGAGAAAGAAAAACCUGGACGGCCACAAUACGGAGGAGAAGAAAGAGCGAAGCAAGGUUGCAGACAAGGAGAGAGCAGGCAUGAAGGCACGUCGUCAGAACGGGGAGAGAAUUAAGGAGCAGCGAGGCAAGUCCCACGCUGACGGGCAUUCGAAGAAGCUUGACAAGGGGAAAUUGGCUGGAGGAAAGGAGGAAGCCUCUAGCAAGAGGAAGAGCGAAGGACCUGGCAAAAGAUCUGGCACGGAGAAAGUGGGAAGUGUCAAGAAGGACGGUAAGCUGAAGAACAGGAAAGUGGCCUCUACGGCGGAACGUACAGACAGGAAGGGCAAGCCACCAGAAAAGUCAAAGGAGAAAUCGGGGGGCUCACAGGUGAAGGGGGGCUCCGAGGCCAAGUGUAAACCUAAACGGCGGGCGCUGAGCCAUGUUGACCUCUUUGGGGAUGAGAGUGGGGACGAGGGGCAGGCAGCGCAGCCUCUUCCGGCGGCUUUCCCGGAUGUGAGUUCGGAUUCAGACGGAGACAACGACUGCUUUCCUUUGCCCCAGAGCAAUGGGGUGUCGAGUGUUAAGCGGCCCAAGCUUUCCAAGUGUCGUCCUCCUUCCUCAUCCUCUUCAGAUGAUGAAGUUGAUUACUCAGUCCUAGAGAGAGACCUGGACUUCGAGUCGGACCCAAUGGAGGAGUGCCUCCGCAUUUUUAACGAAUCCGUGGAUGUGAAAAUGGAAGACAAAGGCAGGCUGGGAAAACAGCCAUCUAAGCAGGAAGGGACUGAGGAAAAGGUGACGGAGGACAGUCUAACCACCCUCUUUCCUGGCCAGAAAAGGAGGAUUUCGCAUCUGCCCAAGCAGGGGAACGCCGAAGCCCCGAGCAAGCCGGUCAUCCGGCCGUACCGCCCGCCGACUGCCCAGGAGGUCUGUUACCAGAGGAUCCAGCUGGCUCAGAAACAGGCGGCGCAGCUGGUGCAGCAGCAGCCUCGGCCCGCCCCGGUGCUGUCCACGGCGCCUCCGAGAGCUGCUUUUGCCUUGCACAAAGGAGAAAAGAAGCGGAUUGCCCACGUCCCUCACACGGCUCUUUCUGCAGCCCCCAGGUCUGCCUCUGGCGGUCAGAAGAAACCCAUUCCAUCUGGAAGCACUGCGUCUUCCAACGGCACUGACACUCUCUCUCUGAAAGCUCGUACCCUCACCGGGAUGGCGUCCAAGACCACCACCACGAAUGCCCCAAAGCGGAUAGCGCACGCCCCUACGCUGCAGAGUGCGGCCCUCAAGAGGCCGGUGAUUCCCACCGAGUUUGGAGCCAAGGUGCCCACCAACAUCCGCCAGCGGUACCUCAACCUCUUCAUCGACGAGUGCUUGAAGUCCUGCCCGUCACAGCAGGAAGCGUUUGACAAGGCUCUGUCGGAGGAGAAGGUGGCGUACGAGCGCAGCACCAGCCGGAACAUCUACUUGAACGUGGCUGUGAACACCCUGAAGAAGCUGCGGAGUCUCCUGCCCGGCCCCUCGCAGGGAGCCCUCAAGACCAACAGGAAAGUCGUGUCCCACGAAGCCAUGCUUGGCGGCAAACUGGCUGCCAAGACCAGCUUUACGCUCAACCGCUCCGCGAGCUUGCGGACAGAAGACCUGACUGGGGCCGCCUUGUACCGGAGACUCAAGGAGUAUGUGAUGACGGAAGACGAGCUGAAGGAGAACGGCUACCCGAUGCCGUGUCCCGAGAAACCCAGCCGGGCGGUGGUCUUCACUGUGGAAGAGAAGAAAGCUGCCGAUAGUUCCUGCCGAGUGUGCUGCCGUUGUGGCGCUGAGUACAUGGUGACCCCAUCGGGGAACUGCGUCCGCAAAGAAGAGUGUGUCCACCACUGGGGGAAGCUGCGCAAACAGAGAGUGCCGGGAGGCUGGGAAACACACUACAACUGCUGUUCAGGAGCCGUGGGGUCGCCAGGGUGCCAAGUAGCCAAACAACACGUUCACGAUGGCCGGAAGGAGAACCUGGAUGGCUUUGUGAAGACCUUUGAGAAGCUGCCCAGCCCAGACGGCUAUCCGGGCAUCUACGCCUUAGACUGUGAAAUGUGUUACACGAAGCAAGGGCUAGAGCUGACGCGCGUCACUGUGAUCAACGCCGACCUGAAGGUGGUCUACGAUACCUUCGUCCAGCCUGACCACAAGGUGGUGGACUACAAUACCCGGUUUUCGGGCGUGACGGAAGCAGAUCUGGAGAAUGCAUCCAUCACCCUGCGGGAUGUCCAGGCGGUCCUCUUGAACAUGUUCAGCAUGGACACGAUCCUGAUAGGACACAGUUUGGAAAGUGACUUAUUUGCACUAAAGAUGAUCCACUGCACGGUGGUCGACACGGCGGUUGUCUUCCCCCAUCGGCUCGGCAUGCCGUAUAAGCGGGCGCUGCGCACCUUGAUGGCCGACUACCUCAAACGCAUCAUCCAAGACAGUGUGGAAGGUCACGACUCCAGCGAGGACGCCCGAGCGUGCAUGGAGCUGAUGAUCUGGAAGAUCAAAGAAGACGCGAAAGUGAAGCGGUGACACGCCUGCUGUCUCCUCCGCCGCCGCUGCCUUCCCGUCUUUGGCGCAGUGCAAUAAAGACUCCCGAGCGAACCCCCCGUGGCCGGCAGCGGGUGCCUCCCAGACUCCCUCCCUCCGCCCUCGCGGGUAUCUCUGGACAUCAGGAGGGAACGGCUGCAGGCGUCCCCUCUCCAGGACAAGGGAGUGUUUUGGAGAAGGCAGGGGGAGACCUCGGAGGCACUUCACUCUGCAAUGACACCCCCCCCCUCUAUUUAUGACCGUACAUGUAGUUUCUAAUUUCCGGUUUUCUCAAUGAAUUUGGGCAGGGGCGCCCACAGUGUGUGCACGUUGUGGAACGCCCCAGGAGUUUGCCAGGGAGCAGCAUUCUGGGGUGGAGGAGGACAGGGGCUUCUGAGUGGUGGCCUCCAAUCCGGGAGGCUGGGAGUCCCUGCUGGUCACGGGUGGGGCCAGGAAUGCACAGGAAGGGAGGGGUAAAGGGACUUGGGGUGGGUGUGGCUAUGGAGCCGGCUGCGUUGGGAGCAGGGGCUACCGAGCUGCAGGGAGCAGCUGGGCCCAGACAGUGGGGUCUGCCCUUGACCCCAACCCAGAAUUCCUCCGGAGCAGCUGGUGCAGGAGAGGUGGCCGGCACCCGCGGGUCGCUUCCCCUCGGGUGGGCAGCCACACUGCUGCCUCUGAAGCCAGAAGUAGCUGCAGUCGCCCCAUCGCAGGGGGCAGCCAGCCAGGUUGGGGACGGAGUUCCGCCCAACGACAAGCUGUGAGUGGGAAGUCGGGGGGUGCCUUUGGGGUGCCAGGGCUUGGCAGCGAUGGAGGAGGCGAGUUGAUUGUGGGGCAGAGUUCUAGCCAUCCCGGCCUCUCCCUCUUUGGCCCUUGAAACUCAGGGCUGGCUUGCAACCCAGCACCUGGCGUGGGGGGAGGAUGCUGGCCGCCUUCCCCUCCGCAUUUAGGGCACCUCUCGACUUGCUCCGGAGGGACAGGAACGCUGUAGUGAUCUCCCCGUUCUCCGUUCGGCACCCCAAGGUGUCCAGCAGAAACUGACUUAGGGAGAGAGUGAUACGGAGGGGCUCCCAGGCCUGGCGUGGGACUUGCUUUGGUUGGCAGCUCACCAGGACAGUGCAGAGGGUGUGUCCGUGUGACGCCGGCCCUCUCCUUCCCAGGCGACAACCCUCGGUUUUGUCCCGUUCCCUUGCCCUUCCCUGUGCAGCUGAGCAGGACAUCCCUCUUGCUUCCCUGGCGCGGCGCAGUCCGGAACGCCCAACCAGGGGGGGCUGCACAGCGUGUGGCUCCCUGGGGGUCUGGAUUGGGGGAGGGGCUGGGAACCAACCCGUGGCGGGGCAGUGUGAAUGACAGUGGAUCGCGGGGGGUGGCCUGUUUAGUGAACCUCCACUCACUACGGGCUCUCAGCCUCCAGUUCUCAAGUGAACCUCUUCUUCACGCAUCCUUGCCACAUUGCCCCAACGUUGAGGUGGGGGUCGCUGGGGGUCCUGCCUACGGUCUGGGAUCUUGGGGGUGGGCUUGGGGUGGGGAGGGCAGGAGGGUUUCCACAGCCCGCUUGCCACCUGCGCGGCUCCUCCCAGGGCUGGCUGUCCGGGAAGAAUCUUGUUUGGAUUUGUGUCUCGGAGCAAGUGUGCAGAGGGCGUGGACAUCAGACGCCCACCCUCCGGCCUCUCUUAGUGGCAGCUGCAAGGGCAGGUCUGCCUGCACUCAUCCUGCACCACAUUUCCACACCUGCCCUCCGCCUGGGGCAGUCACAUGCAUCCUUUGGGGAAACGCUGGGUUGUCUUUGGGAGGAGAAGACAGCCGUGCCUGGGAAACUCUCGAGUGGGGUGCUCUUUCCCCUUGGAGCCGAGGGCUGCACUCAGCCUCCCUGGGGACACUCUUAAAACCCUGGAAAACAGUCCUUUUGUGGGGCUGGGGGGGGGCGGGUUUGCCUGGGCAUAACCCUUUAGUCGGCUAGGGGGGUAUUGCGCUGGCUUCAGACUGACCCACAAGCUGGGUCUAAGCAUUACCGCAGGCACUUCUCGGCUUAGGAGCAGAGAAGAAAAGCUGCUGGUUGAAUCUGCCUUUCUCUCUCUCGCGCACGUUUUUCUCCCUUUCCACCUGCCCGUGAAUAGAUCUUCUAGUUUUUGUUAAUGCAACAAAUGAGGGAUCCAGGUUCUUUGCGGGUACUCCUCUAUCCAAAUGGGUGUACGUGCCCUCCAAGUUCAUGUUGGGUGUCCCACCCAUUUACCCCGGCUCUCUCCCCCCUCGACCCCCGGCGUCCUUGGAACUGGAGCUUACCACGAGUGUGGAGAAUCCCGGCUCCCAUUUCUGCCACCGUCCCCUGGGACAAGCAGACGACUCGGUUCUAAGUAGUUCUGCUCCCGUCAAAUUCCUGCUAGCAUUUCCCACACUUGCUGGUCGCCCACCUCUGGCCAUCCCUGCCUGCAAAUGGCCCUUUCCCCCAGGAAGCCGCUUUGAAGUGAAAAUACGUGGCGAUAACUGAGGCCAGGUUUUCCUUCUGUGGUUGUCCCCCCAGCGGCCCCUGCUCUGGGGUGUUGGCUCACAGUCACUGUUCUGCAAUGCUGUACAGUAAUAUAACUCAAGCUGUAGACUUUCUAUAGACACCACUGUAAACCUGUCAACACUAUUUUGUAAAUUUUUUUUUAAAUAAAAAGGAAACUCAUGACUUGU